AAAAAUAAACCCAAGAAGAGAUCUAAGGAAUAUUGAACAAUGGUUUCAGGCAUCGGUACACCAUGAGCAGACUGGCGAUAAAGGAUUUGACUCGCAAGAUCACCGGGCGGAUCAACAGGUCGCAAGCGUAAGGCGCAUCAGGAGCUAGCAGGGAGGGAUGCAUCUGUCUGUUCUUUUAUUCCUCCUCUUGUGGGCGCAAGCCCUGACUUUAAAAAACUUGAACUAUUCCAUACCUGAGGAAAAAAUUCAGGGUGUGAUCGGAAACAUAGCCAAAGAUGCAGGGCUCGAGCUGGGCGAGCAGGGCAAAAAAUCCAACUUCAGGGUACUGGAGAACUCGGCUCCGCACCUCAUCGACGUGGACCCUGAGAGCGGCCUGCUUUACACCAAGCAGAGGAUUGACAGGGAAACACUGUGUAAAAGGAACCUUAAGUGCCAGUUAUCAAUGGAAGUCUUUGCCAAUGACAAGGAGAUCUGCAUGAUCAAAGUUGACAUCCAGGACAUAAAUGACAAUGCGCCCAGCUUUCUUUCAGAUCAGAUUGACAUUGAUAUUUCAGAGAACGCUGCCCCAGGUACACGCUUUCCUCUUGCAGCUGCCUAUGACCCUGACACUAGGGAAAAUGGCCUAAAAACUUAUCAAAUCACAAGAGAUGAUUACAGCAUAUUUUCUCUGGACGUUAAAUCCAGAGGGGACGGAACAAAAUUUCCAGAACUGGUCGUCCAGAGGUCUUUAGAUAGAGAGGAACGUAGCCAUCAUACCCUAAUCAUUACUGCCACAGACGGAGGAGAAUAUCCGAAGUCAGGCACAAUGCAAAUUAACGUUAAAGUCAUUGAUUCGAAUGAUAACAGCCCUGUUUUUGAGCAGCCCUCCUAUGUUGUUGAGAUUCCAGAGAACUCUCCUUUGGGCACAGUCUUGAUAGAUUUAAAUGCUACUGACCCUGAUGAGGGAGUUAAUGGGCAGGUUACCUACUCUCUAAGCUUCUACGGCUCAGACAGAAUUAAAGAGCUGUUCUCAAUAGACCCCAAAACAGGGGUCAUAAAGAUUCAGGGUAAAAUUGACUAUGAGGAAAACGCAAUUAUAGAAAUUGAUGUGCAGGCAAAAGAUCAAGGCCCAAACCCAAUUCCCGGCCAUUGUAAAGUCACCGUUAAAGUGCUUGACAGGAAUGACAAUUGGCCAACAAUAGGAUUUGUGGCAGUUAGGCAGGGGGCCGUUAGUGAAGCAGCUUCCCCAGGGACAGUCAUUGCUUUGGUGAGAGUGACUGACAAGGACUCAGGACGCAAUGGGCAACUCCAGUGUAGGAUUUUAGGCAACGUGCCAUUUAGGCUUGAGGAGAACUCUGAUAAUUUCUACACAGUGGUCACAGACAGGCUGCUGGAUCGAGAAGUAAAGGAUGAAUACAACAUUACCAUCAUGGCCAAAGACAACGGCAACCCUCCGCUAAACUCCACAAAGUCUUUUACCGUAAAAAUUUUAGACGAGAAUGACAAUGCACCUCGAUUCACAAAAAUGGUGUAUCUGCUACAGGUACCUGAAAACAACAUCCCUGGAGAAUAUCUUGGCUCGGUUUUGGCUCACGACCCUGAUUUGGGGCAAAAUGGCACUGUUUCAUAUUCUCUUCUUCCAUCUAACGUGAGUGAGGAAUCCAUCACGACGUACGUCAAUAUUAAACCGACCGAUGGAGCUAUUUAUGCGCUGAGGAGUUUUAAUUAUGAGCAGACCAAGUAUUUUGACUUUAAGGUUCAGGCUAAAGAUUCUGGUAACCCCCACCUAGAGAGCAACACUACGGUUCGCGUGAGUGUUUUGGAUGUCAAUGAUAACAUUCCAGUCAUCGUACUUCCGCUACUUCAAAACGACACGGCUGAGAUCUAUGUCCCUCGCAAUGUUGGCGUUGGACAUGUGAUCACCAUGGUCAGAGCGGUGGACAAUGACUUUGGCGAAAGCGGCCGUUUGACUUACGAGAUCACAGAUGGCAAUGAGGAACACUUGUUUGAGAUUGACUCCGUUACUGGAGAGAUUCGGACUGCCCAGCCGCUUUGGGAGGAGGUUUCCCCUGUGGUGGAGCUUAUCAUCAAAGUGAUGGAUCAUGGAAAGCCAACACUCUCAGCCAUGGCUAAACUUGUUGUGAAGGCCUACUCAGGACCUCUUCCAGAGGGCGAACCGCGAAUCAACGCUGAACACCACAGCUGGGACGUGUCCUUACCGCUGAUUGUCACUCUCAGCAUCAUCUCUAUUAUGUUGCUGGCCGCCAUGAUCGCCGUCGCCGUCAAGUGCAAGCGGGAAAACAAGGAGAUCCGUACCUACAACUGCCGCAUCGCAGAGUACUCACAUCCCCAACUGGGUAAGAGCAAGAAAAAGAAGAUAAACAAGAAUGACAUCAUGCUUGUGCAGAGUGAGGUGGAGGAACGUGACACUAUGAACGUGAUGAACGUUGUAAGCAGCCCCUCGCUGGCCACCUCACCCAUGUACUUCGACUACCAAACGCGCCUCCCUCUCAGCUCACCCAGGUCCGAGGUCAUGUACCUUAAACCGUCGGCCAAUAACCUCAGCGUCCCUCAAGGACACGUAGGCUGCCAUACCAGUUUCACAGGGCCCGUGACUAGCACUACGGAGACGCCGGUUAACAGGAUGUCGAUAAUUCAGACCGACAACUUCUCCGCCGAGCCCAAUUACAUGGGGAGCAGGCAGCAGUUUGUUCAAAGCAGUUCGACGUUUAAGGACCCGGAGCGGGUGAGUCUGAGGGACAGCGGGCACGGAGACAGCGACCAAGCCGACAGCGAUCAGGACACCAAUAAGGGGUCGUGCUGUGACAUGUCUGCCAAGGAGGCACUCAAGAUGAAAGCCACGGGUCUUAAGCCUCAGCCCCUUGAACAGGAAGAAGACUGCAUAAACUGCACAGAUGAAUGCCGGGUGCUGGGUCACUCAGAUCGCUGCUGGAUGCCCCAGUUCCCAACAGUGGGCAUGGCACAGGCUGAGGGUCUGGACUACCGAACCAAUCUGUUUGUUCCUGCAGGCAUGGAAGCUGUUGCUGCUGAACCAGAAAGCUAUGAGGCCACGGGCUGCGUCAGCGGCAAAAAGACCUUCUGCACGUUCGGCAAGGAGCGUCGCGAACACGCCGUCCUUGUGGCAAAUGUCAAGCCCUAUCUGAAAGGCAAGCGAGCGCUCAGCCCGCUGCUCCAGGAGGUCCCGUCAGCCUCGUGUAGUCCUACCAAGGGCACCAAAGGCGUCGCUGACGGGGCUGAGGGCAACCCCAGCACCAGCCAUUACGAAGGGCCGAACGGACUUUACACUUCACCAGGAAAGCAAAGCAGAGAGCAGGGCUAUUGCUCACAAGCCACGUCGGAUCCCGUCGCCAAAGUGCUGUUAGAGGCACGUUCACGAAUCAGCCAGGAGACGGCUAACGAGCCAGAUGGGGCGCUGGAUCAUGGAGUGGGGGAGCCAAGCCGAGGCGGCAUGGAUGCCGAACAGGUGGUCAGAGACAUAGAUAAACUGCUGCAGGACUGCCGAGGCAGUGAAACUACAGCGGUGAGAAAGUGAACCUCUCCAGACUGAUACUGGGUCAAAAAAAGACUUGGAGACUCUCUAUAGGAGAGUGAGGUGCCCAUGGUUGGUGAAAUAAAACAAAAAGGACUUUAAUAAACUGAAAAAUAAAAAUAAACACAAGCCAGAAUUUCUGGAUAUGCCAGAUCAUCUGGAUGCCAUGUUGUGUGUUUGGGAAAAGGAGGAUCCUUCAUGAGGAGCAGAAGUUGUCUUUCUAGCAAGCUUUUAAGAUUUUUCUUCAAGUGCCCACCAGCUCAAAACUUUAAUUCUGACUCAGACACAUUCAGCCUCUCUGUCCUAGCUUGGCCUGGGAGGACACUGAUUCUGACAAUCGCAGUUAAAAUAACACGUCGAACAUGCGGUUGGACCUCUGAAACACUUCUUUUUUUCUGACUUUGUAAUAUCAGUGUAAGAAGUGCAGAAUAAUCUCUGAUAUCUCUGAUCUACCGGGAAAGGGGAGGAGGGCGCUAAGCGGGGGUGCUUAAUUAAGAAACGUACCCAUUUCUUCACUGGCAGAUUCAUUUGAAUUCAUAUGUGUAAGCUGUGUUUCCUCUUACCAUGUAUAUGUGUACAGUAUAUGGUACAUUCCAGAUUGGUGAAACUGUUACUCUUUCACUCAUUGGUCCUUUGUGUGAACACUGUCUUUAAUUGUCUUCUACUCGUCACUUCCUUUAAGGUGACUUUCCAUGUGUCUUACAUUAAAUUAAGGCAAUCACAAUUGUGUAUAUUAGGGACGUAUUUCCUCAACUGUGAAAAAAUAUCUAUAAAAUAUAGAUAAAUCUAUAUAUAUACAUAUAUGAACUUAUGUAUAGUGUCCAAAUAUUAACAAAAAUAUUUAUACCUUUUCUAAAAAAAAAAAGAAAUCAGAAAAAUGCAGAGGCUGAAGUUAAAAUGCCGUUGAUGAAAAUAUUUAUUACACUUAAAAGGACACUGCUUUGAAUUAAAGAAAAAGAACAUCAAAAAAUAAGAGAAAAAAAAGGAAAUGUCCCUUCACAUGUCACUCAAUCGCAAUCAUUUAAUGUGCAAAAUGUAUCUAAUUAAUGUGUUUACAUCGAAAUGACAUUUUUAAUGAUUUUUUUGUUUGUUUUCUUCUUAAAUCUUUGUGCAUAUGAGCCAAAUUGUUACGUGUACAAGAGCUAUAUUGUGUAUUUUAUUAAAUUAAUAUAUUGUUGUGUUGCAAUAUACAUGGGCUUAUAUUGUAUUUGGCAACUGUUGCCUUAGUAGCCGUCGAACUCUGUGAGUUUUCUUUGCUGUCGGGUUCGUUUCCUUCGUCGUCUUUUCUCUGUCUGUGCUCCUACGAGCAAACCGGCUACCUAGCGGGGCUUCUUUUUUAAAAACAUACCUGUUCAAACAAAUAUCUUUGCGUUAACAUGUUUAAAGCUUGUUAAGCCAGAGCGUUUCUAUCAGAACUAAAGUAAACAUCCAGUCGAAGUAUGUUUUUGCAGUGCAGAGAAUUCACAGGCAGCUGUUUUUAAUUGUGACAUUUUCAUUUUGUUUCAGUCUAAUCGAUCUAAUUUAAACCUGCCGUUCAAACUGCAGCGUAAAGUCUCUGGCUAACGUUUUGUAAUACUGCCUUACCAUUCAGAAACUCGUGUCGUGCACCUGACUGCGACGAGGAGAGAGGUGGUUCUUUAGAAAGAAUGUGCUGUUUCCUUUUGUACAUACAAACUUUUCCAGCGGUCGGUUUAUAAAUGUCUGUUUUUAUUAUCGUGAGUAAAUGCAAAGU